AUGCAGGGACUCAGCUCGCGCGCUCACGCUUUUUCUGUGGAGGCUUUAGUGGGUAAAACUUGCAAGAAGAUGAAGGUGGAAAAUAUUGAGAAUGAGAAGUGGCAGAGUGUUUCAGAAAAUGACAGACACACACCGACGGGAACUGUCUUCGACGAACGCGAUUUGCGAAACGACAGGAGGAAGAAAAUCAGUGCGACGUCAAGAAAAUCCACCGCGACCGAAUGUGAAUCUUCGAGAGAAGUUCGAGUGGAUCUUCAAGGAUCCGACUUGUGGAAGAGAUUUCAUGAGAUCGGCACUGAGAUGAUCAUCACCAAGGCUGGGAGGCGAAUGUUUCCAUCUGUCCGAGUGAAAGUGCGAAAUUUAAAUCCCUUCCAGCAAUACUACAUCGCCAUGGACAUCAUGCCUGUGGAUUCAAAGAGAUACAGGUAUGUGUACCAUAGCUCUCAAUGGAUGGUGGCUGGAAACACGGAUCCUUCGUGUAUCUCUUCUCGUCUCUAUGUGCACCCAGACUCGCCAUGUUCUGGAGAGAACUGGAUGCGACAGGUGAUCAGCUUCGAUCGCAUCAAACUCACCAACAAUGAGAUGGACGACAAAGGCCACAUCAUUCUGAAGUCCAUGCACAGAUACAAGCCACGCAUACAUGUUAUCCUGCACGAUCCUCGAGUCGACCUGUCACAUAGUCCUCCAUCGCUGCCAGCAGACGGUGUUCACACCUUUUCCUACACUGAGACACAGUUCACCACUGUCACAGCCUACCAGAACCAACAGAUAACAAAGCUGAAGAUUGACAGGAACCCAUUUGCCAAGGGCUUCAGAGACCCAGGACGAAACAGGGUUGUGUUGGAUGGGAUUCUAGAGUCAUACCCAUGGCACAGCACCUUCAGUCUUCAUUUAAAACCUUUCACUAUGGAGCUACAAGGCAGAAGUGGAUCUUCAGCCAACUUUGGGAUCACCUCACCAUGGAAAGUCCUCUUGCCCAGCUCCUGUUCUCCAGCAGCCCAUGCCAUCACAUUCUCAAGCCCUCAAUGCUUCACCUCAAACAGUCUUCUCACAAACAAAGCUUACUGCAACCUGGGGCUGGCAAGACACUGUGGUUACGCUGGCUUGCCACCCCUGUUAGAUCUCCCCUUAAUGUCUCCACACCAGGAAAAGAAAGCAAACUCUCUCCAGAAUUCUACCACCAGCACAGGUUCUUCUGUGCUUCUUAUCCAGAACUUUCCACUAGGACGGACCUCUGGAGAAUAUCAAUCUCAAAAGGUCAGUAUGGCAUCAGCGCCCGCAUCACCCUACAGAGUGUACAGCCACAGUUUCCCCAUGAGUCGCCAAUUCUCCACUGUCACACAUCAAUUAAAACUGGGUGAUGGUGGGAGCGCUUCACACUUAAUGCCCAUUAAUUCCUCCAUCAGCUACUGCUUCUGACACCAAACCUGUUAAAACAAUUUUAAAUUUUUCACUA